AUGCCACGCAAGAUAGGAGGCUUCUUGUUAUUCCUUCUCUUUGGCUAUGAAGCCACACUGGGAUUAUCGUCUACUGAGGAUGAGGGCGAGGACCCCUGGUACCACAAAGCUUGCAAGUGCGACUGCCAAGGAGGUGUCAGUGCUCCGUGGUCUGCGGGGGCCGCCUCCUUAGACUGCAUACCAGAAUGCCCAUAUCAUAAACCCCUGGGUUUUGAAUCAGGAGAGGUUACACCAGACCAGAUCACCUGCUCCAACUCAGAGCAGUAUGUGGGCUGGUAUUCUUCGUGGACUGCAAACAAGGCCCGGCUCAACAGUCAAGGUUUUGGGUGUGCCUGGCUCUCCAAGUUCCAGGACAGCAGACAGUGGUUACAAAUAGAUCUGAAGGAGGUCAAGGUGAUUUCGGGGAUCCUCACCCAGGGGCGCUGUGACAUCGACGAGUGGAUGACCAAGUACAGCAUGCAGUACAGGACCGAUGAGAGCCUGAACUGGAUUUAUUACAAGGACCAGACUGGCAACAACCGGGUCUUCUAUGGAAAUUCAGACCGAACUUCCACAGUCCAGAACCUGUUGCGGCCCCCUAUCAUUUCCCGCUUCAUACGACUGAUCCCGCUGGGCUGGCACAUCCGCAUUGCCAUCCGCAUGGAGCUGCUGGAGUGUGUCAGCAAGUGUGCUUAAACAGUGGCCUCAGCCCCGCGCCUGCCAGUGGGUGGAGGGCACG